AGGGUGCCAGGCUGGGCCGCAGGUGGUUUUGAGCGGGAAAGCCGUGGCAUCUGUGGUGGUCCCCUUGCGGUGCCACCGCCCAGCAUGUACGACCGUGCCCCGCGGCUGCUGCGCUGGGCUGAAGGGAGCACAGAGGAGCGGGUGGGGCCGGGUGCCUACGAGCUGCCUGAGCACAGGCCAAGAGCGGCUGAUGGCUAUGCACCAUUCCUUUCUUUGGCUUCCAGAGAAACUACUUUUGCUAUUGCCCCAAAAGCCAAGGAAGCUGCUCCAGGCCCUGGCCACUAUAAUGUUUCAGAAGUGCAGCAUAACAUAAAAGGAGGUCAAACUCUACAGAAUCGGGAGAAACGUUUUCAGAAGUUUAUUUCAGAUAACCCAGGUCCAGCAAGCUAUAAUCAGUCUUCUUCUGGAGCACUGAAUACCUCAAACAGAAGAAUUUCUGAGGCUAAAAAGUGCCUUCAAUCAAAAAUUUCUAGGAUAUUUGCUGUUUCUGAGAGUGUUGAUGUUCCUUCAAUUCCUUCUUGUGGACAGUCACAUGGUUAUGAUAUUAAUGAUGAUGACAGUAUUGCAAAACGUUUUCUACCAGACAGUGAUAAUACACUAGGCCCAGCGUACUAUAAACCUCAAUUUGAUUUUUCAAAUGCAACUUUGAAAUACAAAGGGAUUCAUUUUGGGCAGUCUUUAGGAAGACCAGUGUUUCCUGUGAAAUCAGGUCCUGGCCCUGGGCAGUAUGAUAUCAUCCAGAAAAAGGCAUCACACUAUGAAAAUAUUAACAUCAAGAAAGACCAACAGCAACAUGUUUGUUCUUGUGUCCCACGAUUUUAUGAAAUAAUAAUAUUUCAGGAGGAAAAAAAGGGAGUGCCAGGACCUGGAAAAUAUGACAUCAAAAGUCAGUUUCAGAAGAUGGAGAGUAAGACACAGAAUGUCACCUACACACCAGCUGCCUUCCUCUCUCAAUCCCAGAGAUUUGUACCUGUGAAAUCCAUUGUCCCAGCUCCUGGAACAUAUGAUUCUCAAUCUGCUUUAUGCUUGAAGAAAACUUCAGGAUCAAAAAAUACUCCAUUUGGUCGAAGUGCUUCUAGAUUCACACAGAACUCCAGGGAGAAGGAAAUGCCAGGUCCUGGGUCCUAUAAUAUUGUACACAGUACUUUAAUUGACAACUUUAAGAAAGCCAGAUUGAAGAAAAAAAAGAAAUGUGCAUUUGGCACUUCUGCUCCUCGAACUUCCUUCUUGAAUCAGAAAGAUUCUACUAUACCUGGUCCUGGUGAUUACCAGGUUGAUGGAGUUUUGGAUAAACGAAUUUGCUUGGCUUAUAAAUAUGCUGCUUGCAUACCAAAAACAGAAAGAAUUCCCAAGCUAUCUUAUAUGGAGACACCGGCACCAGGCAGCUAUGAUGUUCAGAAGUCAUAUGACAGGUGCCGAGGACAGAGUCAUUACAUGCCGCCUCGUAGUUAUGAGGCUAAAAUGAAACAUUCCUCCUUCCUCAGCACAGUGCCUAGAUGUUUAUACAGAGAGGAUGAAGGACCAGGACCUGCAACAUAUAGUCCUGUUUUAUGGAAAACUUGCUCUAUUCCCUUACUUUUUAAAGCAUCAAGACGUUUUAAGGAACCCAUAGAAAGCACUCCUGGUCCAGCUACAUAUGAGCUCAGCACAUUUUUAAGACAUUCUGUUCUGAAGAAAACAUUUAAUGUCACUCUAACAAAUCCAGUCCUGAUUGAAAAUGGAAAAAGUCCUAUGACUGAAGGAAAAAUAAAAAGAAUAUAGCUAGGAAGUAAAUUUGAAUCUUCAAAAUGAUGUAUUCCAAUAAUGUAAAGAUAAACUGACAGAUUCUCACAGGAAAGUGAUGCCAUUUGGAUGCUGCUCUCCAUCAGCUGUUUGAAGGAAUGUAAUUCCUUUCCUAGCCUUCUUUACAAAAAACAAUAAUUUUGUUUUUAACCAAAAAUAUUUACUUCAUUCUUUCUAGAUAUAUAUUACUAGUUCCUCCAUUUAGAAAUAUGUGCUGA